AUGUACCUGCAAGAGUUUGGGAAACUCGGGCCUGGCUGCCUGUGUGAACAGGCGGAAAUUGAGCCUGCGGCAAUUGUGGAUAUCACGUUGCGGCGACGCCCUACAUGCCAAUCACGCUAUGAAGACUUCCACUACAAGGAAGCGAGUGUGUUGGAGACGGUGGUCAGGGACGCAGUUGCUCGCGAUGUCAACAGUGUCCACGCUUGUAUCGAGAACGUGGGGUUGAAGGAGGUUUGGCUCAAGAUAGCUGGUGGCGAGAAGGCCUGCGUGAUUGAUAAUGUCAUUGCGAAGCAAAGGCCAAAACUGAUCCUCGAAUUCGGUACGUAUGUGGGCUACACGUCCACGCGCAUGGCGCUGCAAGUUGACACGUGGAAUGGCAAGGUGGUGACAAUGGAGAUGGCUCGGAACCACAUCGAGAUGGCCGGCCUUUCACAUGUUGUGACUGUCCAGCUUGGCCACUCUGACGAUGCCGUGCAAGUGGUCCUCGAGAAGUAUGGCGAGCGCAGCGUUGACAUGGACUUUCGGCUGACUUUAUUGUAA